AGCGUUUAUUACAAGCUCGACAUUUAAAGCAAAAUGGCGAUAACUCACAUUAACUUCGCGCCUCACUGUCGAGCACUUGCAAUUCCCUGACCUUAAAGAACUUAUUUUACGAGAUUCCGAUCCACAGCUCAUCCAUUUUGAGAUUUCGGGGCUAGUAGAUACGUCUGAAAACCAUGGUGAAGGAAACCCAGUAUUAUGAUAUAUUGGGAGUGAAAGCUGAUGCGUCUACUGCCGAGAUAAAGAAGGCUUAUUAUCUCAAGGCAAGGGUGGUGCAUCCCGAUAAAAAUCCUGGAGAUCCAAAAGCUGCUCAUAAUUUUCAGGCUCUAGGAGAGGCUUAUCAAGUCCUUAGUGAUCCUACUAAGCGUGAUGCUUAUGACAAAUAUGGAAAGGAUGGCCUUCCUCAGGAUAAUAUGAUGGACCCUUCUGCAGUGUUUGGAAUGAUAUUUGGAAGUGAGUUCUUUGAUGACUAUGUGGGACAGCUGACAUUAGCAACUGUAGCAUCUGUGGAAGUUGAUGAAUCUCUGUCUCCAGAAGUUAGAAAUCAAAAGAUCCAGGAAAAGCUCAAGGAGUUGCAGAGAGAAAGAGAGCAGAAGCUUAUUCAAAAUCUAAAGAAUCUUCUUCAUCCAUAUGUGACGGGACAAAAGGAGGAAUUUGUGAGAUGGGCUAAUGCAGAAGCUUUUCGCCUAUCCCAAGCUGCCUUUGGAGAGGCUAUGCUGCAUACCAUUGGUUACAUUUAUAGGAGACAAGCUGCAAAGGAACUUGGAAAAAAUAUAUUAUAUAUGGGUGUGCCAUUCAUAGCUGAAUGGGUGCGGGAUAAAGGCCAUCAUGUCAAAUCACAAGUAAAUGCAGCAUCAGGGGCCAUCUCUUUGAUUCAACUACAAGAAAGUAUGAAGAAAUUAGAUCAAAGUGAAAACAUGGAAGAGGACUUCAUAAAGAAUAUUGCAGAAAAGAAAGACGCUAUGGUUAAUUCCCUAUGGAAGAUAAAUGUUGUUGAUAUUGAAUCAACACUUUCACAUGUUUGUCAGGCUGUCCUUAGAGAAAGCAAUGUCCCCAAGGAUGUUCUCAAACUUCGAGCCAGAGCUCUAAAGAAGCUAGGGACAAUAUUUCAAGGUGCCAAAUCUGUGUACCAAAGAGAGAAUAGUCUCCGUGUCGACCCUAGCGCCCAAAAAAGUAAUAAAACAUCUUAAAUGCUACUGAAAUAAUGCUUUCUGAUAAGUUGAUGGAAUCUGGGAAAACAUUGUGUUACUCCUGACUUGCUUUUGUUUAAUUUUUACUGUAUAUUUUACUUGCAAAUUGCUUCUUUUGGAUGUAGUUGUGAUGUAUGUGUAUUUUCAAUUGCUUUGUAAAUUAAAUAUGCUAAAAUUUGAUUAUUUUGGAAAUAUUUGGUUGGUUUUAAAAUAAA